GGUUUCAAUCGGAACGCCCCUAGUGUUUCGAAAGCGCCCAUCACUAGUUUGAGGAUUGUCCACUUAUACUUGCCGUAUUGCGUCGAGGUUAAAGGGGAAAUGUUCAAGCAUGGCGCUCUGAAAGCAAAACAAGUUGCAUAUAACCUAUCAAAGAGCAGAACAGCUUGCUAUUUCCCCUCAAACUCCAACGGAUUUUUCAGUGUUUCCUAAUACUAUUGUAUUUUGCGUCUUUCCAAUCAUGCCGUCUGCUUGUGACUCUCUUGUUGAUGAUAUUGAGGAUAUGGUGACUUCCUAUGACCCCACUCCCCAUGAGCGGCAGUUUGCAAGGAGAAACAUUGUGCCUCAUGCACGCAAGCACAAGCAACAGCCUGCAGGAGAAGAGCUUCAGACAGACAGCGUGAUUCCUGGCACACAGAAGAUCUGGGUAAGGACGUGGGGCUGCUCUCACAACAGCUCUGAUGGUGAAUACAUGGCGGGGCAGUUGGCUGCCAGCGGCUAUAAGAUAACAGAGAAUCCAUCUGAUGCUGAUCUGUGGUUACUGAACAGUUGCACAGUCAAAAACCCUGCAGAAGAUCACUUCAGGAACUCCAUAAAGAAAGCUCAGGAGCAGAAUAAGAAGGUGGUUGUAGCGGGAUGUGUGCCGCAGGCCCAGCCCAGGAUGGACUACCUAAAAGACCUGAGCAUCAUUGGGGUUCAGCAGAUUGAUAGAGUGGUGGAGGUUGUGGACGAGGCUGUCAAAGGUCACUCUGUUCGUCUGCUGGGUCAGAAGAAGGAGAAAGGGAAACGACUGGGAGGAGCGCGGCUGGAUUUGCCCAAGAUCAGGAAGAACCCUCUGAUUGAAAUAAUUUCCAUCAAUACAGGCUGUCUGAACGCUUGCACGUACUGCAAAACCAAACAUGCCAGAGGGGAUCUGGCCAGUUACUCCAUAGAGGAGCUGGUGGAGAGAGCAAGACAGUCGUUCCAGGAGGGUGUCUGUGAGAUCUGGCUGACCAGUGAGGACACAGGUGCAUACGGCCGGGACAUUGGCACUGACCUACCGUCUCUGCUCUGGGAACUGGUGAAGGAGAUCCCAGAGGGAGCGAUGUUGCGCCUGGGUAUGACCAACCCACCGUACAUCUUGGAACAUCUGGAGGAAAUGGCCAAAAUCCUCAACCACCCGAGAGUCUAUGCCUUCCUCCAUGUGCCUGUCCAAUCAGCAUCCGACAGUGUCCUGAUGGACAUGAAGAGAGAGUACUGCUGUGCCGACUUCAGACGGGUCAUGGACUUCCUCAAGGAGAAAGUUCCAGGCAUCACUAUUGCCACAGACAUCAUCUGUGGCUUCCCAGGUGAGACGGAUGAGGACUUUGAGCAGACAAUGGAACUUGUGAGGCAGUACCGCUUUCCCAGCCUCUUUAUCAACCAGUUCUAUCCACGACCUGGAACUCCAGCGGCCAGGAUGGAGCAGAUUCCAGCACACAUGAAAAAACAAAGAACCAAAGAUCUCUCUGCUCUCUUCCACUCUUACAACCCUUAUGACCACAAGAUCGGGCAGAGGCAGCGUGUGCUGGUCACUGAAGAGUCCUUUGAUUCCCAGUACUAUGUCGCCCACAACAAGUUCUAUGAGCAGGUACUGGUGCCCAAGAAGCCUGAGUUCAAAGGGAAGAUGAUUGAGGUGGAUAUAUAUGAGGCUGGGAAGCACUACAUGAAGGGCCGGCCAGUGGAGGAUGCUCAGGUCUUUUCUGCCUCCAUCGCUCAGCCUCUUCAGAAGGGCCAGGUGUCUGGACUCCCUCAGGACCUAAAGAAGGCCCAUCAGAAUGACAUCUGUUCCUCUGAAGCAUCCUCUGCGAUCUUGGGAUGGCCAUGGAGAUUUGACGGUGAUGGACUCAAGCUGCUCUCUUUGGGAUUUGCUCUGGCUGCCAUAAUCAUGAUUUUUGUGAUUGAGCUGCACUGACACAAAAUUAUUCUUGAUGUGUCGGAUAAGGCCUUAUAGAGUGUGCAGUGACCCAAGGACUCAAACCAGUGGUCAAAUACUAAUGUCUUGUGUUUUAAGGUUAAGUAAAGGUAAAUGAUGCUGGAUGAUUAGGGAUAUUUUUUUUUCUACUGCUAAUUAAAGACUCCAAUUUUAAAGUUACUUUUAAAGACUGAAACCUUUUUUUGCUUUCAAGUGACAGCAACUUUUGUGAUGUUUUAGAAAAUCUUUUUUUUGUUGUUUGUUGUUGUUUGUAGAACUCAAAGCCUCUUUGCCUAUGUACAAGGACAGCUUGAAAGCAUCUUUGGCUCUCUGUUCAUUUUCAGUCCCAGCAGUCAUUCAUUUUCAGGCCAGGUGUCUCACUGUUGGCUUUGGGCUAAAAGCAACAGACUCUUCCCAUCUUUGUUCCCAGCAUAAAGCAUGUCUAAUAAAUGAGACUCCACACACUC